AUGACAAUAAACAUUAACAAUUCAACACAUAAAUUAGUAAAUCUUCCACAUAUUCUAUUAUCAAACAUUGUUAAUAAUUUGAAAGAUAAUAUCGACAAGAUUUGUUUUAGUUUAGUUUGUAAAAGAUGGUUUGAUGAUAGAAAUAGAUAUCUAUGGUUUGAUACCGAUAGUUUAUAUUGUGUCUAUAAAGAUAGUUCAAGGAUCACAUUGAAUUCAUAUCGAUCUUUAAUAUUAGAGUCACUUGACAAAAAGAAACAACGUACUAUGUACGUCACACCAGAUACAAAUUAUACUUUUCUUGUUGAUCAUGUUAUAGAUUAUGAUUCAAUUGAAAGUACAGAUGAAAUCGAUCAAAAUAUAGUAGAAGUAACGGAAACUAGUGAUAUGCAAAAUAGAGAAGAUUCAGAUCAACUGUUUACAAAACUUUAUGAUUUGAUUAGUAAAUCUAAUGUAACAAGUAUAGAGGAUUGUCAAACUUUAUAUUAUGGAAUACCAAUGAAUAUCACCUCAUUGGAAUUUGGUUUUCAUUUUAAUGAACAGUUAUUCAAAGGUUGUUUUCCACCCAAGUUGAAGAGAUUGAAAUUUCUUGGCGGUUUCAAUCAGGUGAUCGAAGUAGGUGUAUUACCUGAUACAUUGGAGAGUUUAGAGAUUUAUACACUCAACCAAAUAUUGGAACCUGGAGUAUUACCGACAUCACUGAAGAUAUUAAGAGUCAUUGGUCCCACACUCGAUAACUAUCUCAAAGUUGGAUCGUUACCUCCAAAUCUAGAAGAAUUCGUUCACAAUGGCAAAGAAGUGUUUAUUGGCUCUAACGUACUACCAAAUUCGUUAAUCACACUACAUAAUGUUCCUUUGUCAUGGAUGAAGUCAAUAAAGUAUCUCGAGAAUCUUAGAUCUAUAGUGUUGACUGAUGGUUCUGGUUUAUUAGAUCUAAGAGAUCUACCGAAAUCACUGACAACACUGCACAUUAUACACUCACUUACAUUACAAUCGGCAUUACCUACCUCGAUUAGACAUCUCAGUCUUGCCGAUUCUGUUUAUGACAUUGACGAAUUGUUCCCAGAUCGCACACUUUAUCAUUUGGAAAGUCUACAAGAAUCGGCAUUCAAACAAGAAUCACUUGAUGGUUUGGAUAUCAAGAAGUUGUCUCUCGAUUAUUAUCAUGAUGAGAAUUCACAUAUACUCAGAGUCAUUCCAUUCGGUGUUGAAACACUUGAAAUUAGUGUAAGGUUUGCCUUUGAUAUCAAACAGGAUUCACUUCCAUCAUCGUUGAAAACUGUUCUAAAAUUAACAUUUUAG